UUUUUUUUUCCACCCCGCCAAGACCUGCCGUUUUAGUUUCGCAGCCAAACGCUCUCAGUGCCGGGUGUCUAGAGUUUAAUGAGUGGCAAUGUGUAGCAAAGCGAUCUUAGCACUCCUGGUCUAUGGCAUAAUAAUGCACUGCAGCGUCUACUGCUCACCUGCGGCCGGACUUCAGUACCCGGCGCUCAGGCUGGAGGAUGAAGUCUACGACGAGGACGGGAACACCCUGCAGGACUUCGCCUACGACCACGAGCCCCUCGGUAUAGCGAAUCCGUCCUCCAUGAUCGGCGAGAUGUACACCUUGUAUUACCCACCGGAAAAGAGGCACGCCGAUGGGAUCUUCAACAAAGCCUACAGGAAACUCCUAGGCCAGUUAUCUGCCAGGAAAUAUCUGCACUCCCUGAUGGCCAAGCGGGUCGGCGGUGCCAGCGGCGGCCUGGGGGACGAUGCGGAACCGCUGACCAAGCGGCACAUAGACGGCAUCUUCACGGACAGCUACAGCCGCUACCGGAAACAAAUGGCUGUCAAGAAGUACUUAGCAGCCGUCCUGGGGAAAAGGUAUAAACAAAGAGUUAAAAACAAAGGACGCCGAGUAGCGUAUUUGUAGCGAUGUGAGUAACCAGCCACUCCUGUGUAUACAAAGUCCUAAGAGAGAGAGAGAGAGAGAGAGAGAGAGAGAGAGAGAGAGAGAGAGAGAGAGAUAAAGAGAGA